ACAGUCCCUUUGCAUUGUACUUAUACAGUGACCAAGGAGCAGCCAAUCCCACGACUAAGCGUCGCAACGCAUUACACCAUGUCUGCACAAUCCCGGGUACACAACACCUUCUGAGAGGUUAAAAGCUCAUACACCUCGAGUGUAAAAGUACAAACUAAAAUAGAAAAACCUCUCAACUACAAGCUUCAAGAAGUGUUUGAACGAAAGACAACUCCAACCAGAACAAGACAAAGUCAACAGCAACCAUGGGGUACAAGAAUAUCACCGUAGAAGGCAAUAUCCGCCCCUACUAUCAAUCCUCGGCCCUGGCUCACAAGCCCUGCAGCCGCGGCACCCAAUACCACGCACUUGACUGCGGCCACACCGUCGUUGACCCAUCUGUCACGGGUUGUGCAAGCAACUGCGUCGAGCCCGGUGUCUACGCAGACGGGUCCUCACCCUACGCGGACCACUCUUCUCACGCAGACAAAUCCUCCUCUGACAUGUCCUUCAUGGAUAUCGACAUCACUUCUUCUUCCUCUGACAUCACGUCCUCCUCCGUAGUCAACUUCGACAUCCGCCCAAAUACCUUCCUCUGCGUCCUCUGCGUUCUCAAGCAGUACUGCCCAUGGAUUGACGAAGACACCGUGCCCAACGACGACGUACGCUCCCUCCUCUGCGAAGUGGGCAACGCCCACUUCGAAGACGCCUCGGAGGACCUCGCCGCCGCCACUUCGAAGCAUCGCUACUCCGAGCCCUCGAAGCCGUUCACCCUGGCAGACCACUUUUGAGUAUUAGUAGAGCCUUCUUGGCUCUGAACUUUGCUCGUAUUUUUGCUGACAGUAAGUAGUCGAUACUUCCGUUCCAUUGUGAGCGGGUCUCAUGGUAGAAUAUUCAAUUGAUCUGGUCUCGAAAUAAAAAGACUGUUUGCACAAAUGUCUCAUAACCCCAUACUCUUUGUGAUGAUUUGCCAGGUAAGUCUAAUCCAUCUUGGAAGCAUGUGUAAAAGCUGUAGCUCCCUCAAAUUAUGCACAUGCCCAAUACUUGCCUAGGCAGCGCAGAAGACUACAAGAGC